AUGGGUGCUUUUACGGCGUUUGGAAACGUAGUUUUGAUUGGGAAUAAUGUUACCUUGUCUUUUGAAGACAUUGAAGCUAAUUUCGCUCCAUCGGUGAAAGGUUCCGGGAUAUCUGGCACAUUGCAUGUGGCGGAACCUUUGGAUGCAUGCUCGCCAUUGACUAAUAAAAUCGAUUCAGUAAAGAAUGAUACCAAGUCUCCAUUUGUGUUGAUAAUUAGAGGCGGAUGUAGCUUUGAUGAUAAAGUCAGAAGCGCACAAGCUGCACGAUUCAAAGCGGCCAUUGUCUAUGACAGUGAAAAUGGUGAUUUAGUUGCAAUGGCAGGAAAUGCUGCUGGUAUAAAAAUACGUGCUGUGUUUGUUUCCAAAGCUUCAGGUGAAACCCUGACAAAAUAUGCUGGUGCUGCUUACGUGGAACUAUGGUUAAUGCCCAGCCUUGAAAACUCGGCAUGGUCAAUCAUGGCUAUAUCUUUCAUUUCAUUACUUGCCAUGUCAGCAGUGUUAGCUACCUGUUUCUUUGUCCGGAGGCAUCGCAUUAGAAGAGAACGGCCGCAAGCUCCACGUGUACGUGAAUUCCAUGGGAUGAGCAGUCGUCUGGUGAAAGCCAUGCCGAGCCUAAUUUUCACAGCUGUUCUGGAGGAUAAUUGUACUUCACAGACAUGUGCUAUAUGUCUUGAAGACUAUAAUGUUGGAGAAAAGCUCCGAAUUCUGCCAUGCCGCCACAAAUUUCAUGCAACUUGUGUUGAUGCUUGGCUAACAUCGUGGAGAACAUUCUGUCCUGUGUGCAAGCGUGAUGCUAGAACUAGUACUGGUGAUCCACCGCCAUCAGAAUCUACACCAUUGCUUUCAUCUACCCCUGCUUCUUUUCCUUCAUCUUCCGUAUUAUCAUCUUUCAGAUCAUCAUUAGCAUCAUCCCCAGCCAUUCAAAUAGCUCCAGCAUCAUUUCAAUCCUCUUCAGUUUCUCAUCCCCAUUCCAUCUCUAGCACUCCUUAUAACCGCCAGUCUCUUCAGUCGCAUCAUCAAUCUUCACAUCUUAGUGUGAGUCAAAGCUCAGUUGACCUUAGGAACUUGUCUUCCCAAAGAUCCCGUGCUGCUUAUUUAGUUUCACCUCACUCAUUAGGGUACCCCUCGUUAUCCCCUCUGAAUUCCAGAUACAUGUCACCAUAUAUACCUAGUCCUGGCAAUGCUUCAUCAAGUUAUAUUGGGUCAUCUAGUCAUCAACCUAAUCCACUGCAUUACAGCGAGUCUACCACAAGCUUUUCACCAUUUGCUUCAGCCCAAUCUCUUCCCAGUUGCUGA